AUGGCGGACCUAUGCGACCCGACCAACCAAGACAAGCGACCACAUCAAAUGGCCACAUCAGACACAAGGGGACAUGCCGGAGACUCCAUAGCAGCAAUCUUUGAUCGUUUUUGGGCCAAGCUGAUGGAGCACUUACAGUCAAUGGCACCUCGCCACAAACCGUCCCAAUGGAACAGGGCCGAUGGUGAGCGGAGGUCUGGGAACCCACUUCAGGGCAUAACUAAAUCCCGCACCACAGCCACCCACACCAAGGACCCUCCCGGGCUGAGAGCAGCAAGGGGUAAACCCCAGAGGUGCUGGCCACACAGGUGGAGAGCAGCAAAACGACACUCUAACAAGGCUACUACAACUCACCACUCCACCUCGAAAGGGAAGACCCAGGACCACGAUGGCACCCAGGUCAGUGGCAGGAGAGCACCAGCUCUUGCACAGCUCCGGGCAGAAGGGGAGACGCGACUCUCCCCGACUGAGAUGGAGCCAAGAUUGGAAUGCGGAGGCCCCAUGCGGUCAUCAAGGACACAGAAAAGAGGCUAA